GUCCCUGAGACUCCCCAGGGCAAUCUUACCUCCACAAGGGUCUGCUGCCACUGAGGUCAUUAACCCUGGACAGGCUGGGUUCCUGCUCAGCUAGCACUGAGGGCCUUGCACUUGGAGCAUUUUGCAUCCCAGUGCCAGAGGAGAGCAUGAGACUGAGGUCACCAGAGCCCUCUAAAGGGACAGUUAGAUAAGGGGUCCUGAAGGGGAUCCCAUGGAGGUUUCCUGAGGUAGAGGCUUUGACUGGGGUGGAAACCCUGACUUGUCGCUGUCCACUUGGGCAGGUUGAAGGCUGGUUGGUUGGAACAAAUCCUAUUUUGGGGUAGGAAAGAUUGAAAAGGCUUCUCCGCUGGCCAUAGGCAGUCCUACUCAGUAGGCUGGGGCUGCAGCCAGUGGAAGCCAGGGAGAUGGGGUGGGGAGAGCUCUGGGGUGUCACCCUACCUCUGCUCUUCCCUCACUUCCUGUGGUGACAAAAGCAAGGGUGCUGUGGAGCCUUUACGUGCUGGCAGUGUGCUUCCUGUACCCAGCAGCAGCCCGCCCUGGGGAGGGACUAGCACAACUUUGGUGAUAAGGCUGCCACGGGCUGACCUCUGAAGGAAGCAACUGAGCAGCAUAAGGCAACCCCAGGCCAGGGGUGACAGGUGCUCCACCGCCAGCUACCUGCAGCGGCAAUCCCUUGCAGUCUAGUGCCCCCAGGCCUACCCACCUACCAGAUCCCAGCGUCUGCUCACCUUGCCUCAGCAGAAGCAGCCACAGCCAUGGCGGGCAUGAAGACAGCCUCUGGGGACUAUAUCGACUCGUCCUGGGAGCUGCGGGUGUUUGUGGGCGAGGAGGACCCGGAGGCCCAAUCUGUCACCCUCCGAGUCACGGGGGAGUCGCACAUUGGUGGGGUGCUUCUGAAGAUCGUGGAGGAGAUCAAUCGCAAGCAGGACUGGUCUGACCACGCCAUCUGGUGGGAGCAGAAAAGACAGUGGCUGCUACAGACACACUGGACACUGGACAAGUAUGGGAUCCUGGCAGAUGCCCGCCUCUUCUUUGGGCCACAGCACCGACCUGUCAUCCUGCGACUACCUAACCGUCGUGUGCUGCGUCUGCGUGCCAGCUUCUCCAAGCCCCUCUUCCAGGCUGUGGCUGCCAUCUGCCGCCUCCUCAGUAUCAGGCACCCUGAGGAGCUGUCCCUGCUUCGAGCUCCAGAAAAGAAGGAGAAGAAGAAGAAGGAGAAGGAGCCUGAGGAAGAGGUGCAUGACCUGACCAAGGUUGUCCUAGCUGGGGGUGUGGCACCUACCUUAUUCCGAGGCAUGCCAGCACACUUCUCGGACAGUCCCCAGACUGAGGCUUGUUACCACAUGCUGAGCCGGCCACAGCCGCCACCUGAUCCCCUCUUGCUCCAGCGCCUGCCGAGGCCCAGCUCCCUGUCUGACAAGACCCAGCUCCACAGCAGGUGGCUGGAUUCAUCACGGUGCCUCAUGCAGCAAGGUGUCAAGGCCGGGGACGUGCUUUGGUUGCGGUUUAAGUACUACAGCUUCUUCGACCUGGAUCCCAAGACAGACCCAGUACGACUUACCCAGCUGUAUGAGCAAGCCCGCUGGGACUUGCUGACAGAGGAAAUCGACUGCACCGAGGAGGAGAUGAUGGUGUUCGCUGCCUUGCAGUAUCACAUCAACAAAUUGUCCCUGAGUGGGGAUGUGGGUGAGCCAGCCUCUGGGGACCUGGGGUUGGAUGACCUGGAUGCAGCCCUGAACAACCUGGAGGUGAAGCUGAAGGGGUCGGCACCCUCAGACAUGCUGGAUAGUCUCACCACCAUCCCAGAACUCAAGGACCACCUCCGAAUCUUCAGGCCCCGGAAGUUGACCCUGAAGGGCUACCGCCAGCACUGGGUGGUAUUCAAGGACACCACACUGUCCUACUACAAAAGUCAGGAUGAAGCACCAGGGGACCCUAUCCAGCAGCUGACCCUCAAGGGCUGCGAGGUGGUCCCUGAUGUCAAUGUCUCUGGCCAGAAGUUCUGCAUCAAGCUCCUGGUGCCCUCACCAGAGGGCAUGAGUGAGAUCUACCUGCGCUGCCAGGAUGACCAGCAGUACGCACAGUGGAUGGCUGCCUGCCGCCUGGCCUCCAAGGGUCGAACGAUGGCGGACAGCAGCUAUGCCAGCGAGGUGCAGGCCAUUCUGGCCUUCCUUAGCCUGCAGCGGGCAGGUGGUGGCAGCGGAAGCUCAGGGAACCACAUCCAGGGCCCUGAAGCCUCUGCUGAGGGCCUUAACCCCUAUGGCCUUGUGGCUCCCCGUUUCCAGCGAAAGUUCAAGGCCAAGCAGCUUACCCCGCGGAUCCUGGAAGCUCACCAGAAUGUGGCCCAGCUCUCGCUGGUCGAAGCCCAGCUGCGUUUCAUCCAGGCCUGGCAGUCCUUGCCUGACUUUGGCAUCUCCUAUGUGAUGGUCAGGUUCAAGGGCAGCAGGAAAGAUGAGAUCCUGGGCAUUGCCAACAACCGACUGAUCCGCAUUGACCUGGCCGUGGGCGAUGUGGUCAAGACCUGGCGCUUCAGCAACAUGCGUCAGUGGAACGUCAACUGGGACAUACGACAGGUGGCCAUUGAAUUUGAUGAGCACAUCAAUGUGGCCUUCAGCUGUGUGUCUGCCAGCUGCCGCAUCGUACAUGAGUACAUCGGGGGCUACAUUUUCCUGUCCACUCGAGAGCGGGCUCGUGGGGAGGAGCUCGACGAGGAUCUGUUCCUGCAGCUUACAGGUGGCCACGAGGCCUUCUGAGGGCAGCCAGGCUGCCCUUGCUCCACUCACCACCUCCAGGGACCCUCGCAAGCCCACAUCUACCUGAACUCACUGCUCCACCACUCCCAGCAUGCACCAGGCUGGGCACUUUCACCUGCUGUCACAGGCAGGCCAGGGCCCUGGCUGGGAUAGACACUGCCACCACCCAGCCUGGGGAUGGUAGGCCCGAGCCACACACAGCCCCUCCUCUUGCCCUCUUGGCAGCUCACAUCCCUGGCCUAUAUGUAGUCCCUGAGCACAUGAGCAAUGCCAGAUAUGGAUAAGGAACAAAGAAUCUUGCUUUCAAACUGGACUUUCUUCCUGUGACAGUUUUCAGAGUUGUUGGGUUUUUUUUUAAAAUAAAUACAUAUUUUAUUGUUGGA